UUUAAAUGUUGGUUAAAUUAUGAUAGUCAAAUCGUCAUCAAUACUCAAACUAAUUUAAGACAUUUUAUCUAGAACGUUUAAGUGUCUAUUAAUGUAAGAAAUAAGCGCGAAGUAUAUAUGUUAGUCAAAUUCCUUAGAUCACUCCGUGUAAUUCUUGUUGUCCAUUCUUUAGGGUUUAACUUCGGUAAAAUAAGUAUUGGCCAACACAUCCAGACGUGCAUUCAUCAGCGUUGACGUGAAGAAGUGUAAACAGCGACUGUCUCCACUAGUAAGAAGUAACUGUAGUUACAGUAUGUGGUGAGCUGUCCAGCACAAUGUCCCAGCAUGCAUUACUGUCAGAUGGGACUAAAACAUGGAGCUCCCUGGCCUGCUCACGGUCAGAACUCCGUCUGGACCUUACACUUGGUUGUGGACAGAGCUUCCGCUGGCGAGAGACAGGGGAUCACCACUGGACUGGAGUGAUGGGUGGACGAGUGUGGACUCUAACCCAGACAGAUGACACUCUAUGGUACCACAUCUACAAUAGUCCAAGCUCCACAGGAGAGGGGGUUGGGACGAAGAGGAGGGCAGGGGACCCGCUCUGCGGGUCAGUAGGGUCAAGUAAGAGAUCCAAAAGGGUGAAGGAAGAAGAAAAAGAGGAGCCAGUGGCAUACGGGAAGGAGGAAGAGCUGCUAAAGGAUUACUUCCAGCUGGCGGUGAAGCUGGGGGAUCUGUACAGAGAGUGGGGAGCAGCCGACCCACACUUCAAACACAUUGCCAACAUCUUUACUGGUGUGCGAAUGCUACGUCAGGACCCUAUAGAGUGCCUGUUCUCCUUCAUUUGCACCUCGAACAACCACAUCUCUCGUAUCCAGGGCAUGGUGGAGAGGCUGUGCCAGUCGCUGGGCGCUCCACUGUGCCAGCUGGACCAGACCAGCUACCAUGACUUUCCAUCCCUGUCUGCCCUGGCAGACAGCGGCGUGGAGGAGUGUCUCAGGGACCUGGGGUUUGGGUACCGGGCUAAGUUCCUUCAGCAGAGUGCCAGACACAUCCUAGACUCCCAUGGUGGACCCUAUUGGCUCCAGGAGCUCCGCGCCGCCACCUACCUGCAGGCCCGGGAAGCACUACGCACUCUGCCUGGGGUGGGCCCUAAAGUGGCAGACUGUGUUUGUCUGAUGUCUCUGGACAAGGCCUGUGUCGUGCCCGUGGACACGCACGUGUGGCAGAUUGCUAAGCGAGAUUACAGAUGCACAGCGGGUACCGGGCAGAAGAGCCUCACUGACAAAGUCCACCGGGAGAUUGGGGACUUUUUCAGACAGCUAUGGGGUCCUUACGCCGGUUGGGCACACUCGGUGCUGUUCUGUGCUGACCUGAAAAAGUUCCAGAAACUGAAAGAAACAGCCUCUCUGAAACAGGAGGAAGUCAAGCAUGAGAUAAAGGUGGAGGGAGACAGGAAGAAGCUGAAAAUCCCCCAAACGGGCCCUAGGAAUGCGAAAAAGUGUGUGAAGUGAGUUCAGCUCAGGUUAUGCGUUGAUGAGUAACGUCAGCUCCGGACACUUCUUCUACACGUCUCAUUCUCUGCGCACUCGGUUCUUCAAAUGUACCUUAAGGUAGUCUGAGUGUCUGAGUGUGAUUAAUUACACGAUCACCUGCACAAUGUGGCCACUGUCAGGGGAGGGAUUGUAGAAUGACGCAAGACUGUGGUAUAAAUGUGAUGUCAUAUAUGGGAAAUAAUUAUUUCUGUUCAGACUCUGAAUGGAAUGCUACUGAUUCCUCUUACUGUCCUUUAAAUCUCAACAGGUAGGUGUCAUUUUACUGCAUUGUCUUUACAUAUGAACAUAGCAGGGAGAAACCUUUUUUUAUGGAUUAUUAUUGUAUUAGACUGUAUUUGUAGGGGUUAAAACAAUAAAAUAAAAGAAUCAGUGUUAUGUUUAUAGAUGACUUACACAUCUUGAUUUAGUCCAGUUGUGAAUAUCCUUUCUCUUUUGUUCCUAUGUUUUCCAAAUGAUGAUGAAAAUGUGCUAUGUCAGAGGCUGCCUGUAGAUGGCAAUAAGAUCACAACAUCAUGAAAUUAUGAUUGCAAUAUGAUUUCCUGGACCAGUCACUUCAAAAGAUGAUUCUACCUAGGUAAUAUUAUGAUGAGUUAUUUGCUUAGCUUUGGCUUUAAACAAAGGAAAAAUCUACAAAGCAGAUGAAUCUGGAGAAAUGCAACCACUCUUAAAUUCAGUGAUUGGGUUGGGGAUGUAAGGACUGACAAUCCAUGAUAAACAACUAUAAAUGAGAUCACUUAUGGUAUUUUUUUGUCAUGUUUUUAGGUGGCUUUAUUGUAAUUGUUAAUAUUUCUUAUAUUUUAUAUACAUUUUUCACUUUGACAGGAACAUUUGGACAGAUACAGAUUUUCUUUAAGUUGAAGUAGCAGUGAGUCGGACUGAAACCCAUAUUGAACAUGUGUACAGAGACGAGAUUUUGACCAAGGGGCAACCUUAGGCUGUAUUGUUGUUUAUAAUUAGAUAGUUUACAAAAUUGGGAAUAAAAUACAUGUAUACUUGGUU